UUUUCCCAAGGAUAAACCGCGUGCGGCACCUGACUACCUGAGGCCGCUGCGGCGUUUCCCCGUGGAGCCGCGUGGGUGGCGUGUCGGCCCGGCCAGCCCCGGCCAGCGCCACAAGUCUGUAAAGUCUCCGCGCGAAGUAAUCACAUCAUCCUCUCCCUCCGUCCUUCCUCCCCCGAUCCGACCUGAGAUCCGCAUCACCGAUGGCGUCCCGGAGCUGCACCUUCCUCGAGAUCCUGCUCGCCAUCAUCCUGCCGCCGCUCGGCGUCUUCCUCCACUACGGUUGCUGCAGCAUGGAGUUCUGCAUCUGCCUGUUGCUCACCAUCCUGGGCUACAUCCCCGGCAUCAUCUACGCGGUCUACGUGCUCGUUGCGCUCGGCUCAGAGGAGCGUGAUCGGGAUUACGACACCCUUGCUUAAUAAUCCUGCAGCAACUCGUAUUGUGUGAUGAACCUCUCGCCUGGUUGUUGCGAAUCGACGUCGUGUGUUUCCAUCUGGACUGUGUAGCGUGCCUUAUUUCUGUCAGCCUGUAAAUGCUUAAACCAUCCUUCCCUUCGGUUUUGCCGUCCUGUAAUUCUGAUACAACCGAAUCAAUUUCAGCAGCUUCGAAGAUUUAUGCCAGUGGUUUA